UGCGCAUGCUCUUCGUCAUCGUGACCGACGUCAACGGCCACCGCUUGACUUCAUCGUCUCUUUUCAUCUUGAUAUAGGGAGAAGAACUGGGAAAGAACAAUAACUUGGAAGGAUUGGCUGACGAGCGACGGGCAAACUACAAACUUGAAGAAUGUCGGAUGAGGGUGUAGGAUCUAGGUUACCGUGGUCGGUUCUCGUACUUUCCGGUGUAUCGACACUGGCUGCAGUGGUAGUCUCGACCACAUCAAUAUGGCUACAGUUGAAAAAUUACAGAAAGCCUUACCUCCAAAGAAUGGUGGUCCGAAUAAUGGUCAUGGUUCCUCUCUACGCAGUUGCGUCAUUUAUUGCACUAUUCUCUUUGAAAGCUGCGUUCUUCAUCGACGCAGUGAGGGAUAUCUACGAGGCCUUUGUUAUCUAUUGCUUCUUUGUACUGCUACUAGCCUACCUCGGUGGCGAACGAUCGCUACUGAUACUAAUGCACGGACGACCAGCAAAGGAUCCACCUUUCCCUGUCAACUUUUUCAAACGUGAAAUAGAUGUCAGCGACCCAUACACGUUCCUAUUUCUAAAGCGGGGUAUACUACAAUACGUCCAAGUAAAGCCUAUUCUCGCUAUUGUAACCAUGAUUCUCAAAGCUUUCAACAAAUACAAUGAAGGGGACCUACGCGCCAAUUCAGGAUACCUCUACGUCAGCAUCGUGUAUAAUUUCAGCAUAUGCCUCAGUCUCUACUGCCUCGCCAUGUUCUGGGUCUGUGUACACGACGAUAUAAAACCCUUUCGUCCAGUUCCCAAAUUCCUAUGCGUUAAAGGCAUCCUUUUCUUUUCAUUCUGGCAAGCAAUCGCAAUAUCGAUACUCGUAGCAGCUGGUGUCAUCGUCAAGCUUGGUCCAUACACUGAUAAUGAGAGCAUCUCCCUCGGACUCACCGACUGUCUCAUAUGCGUCGAAAUGCCAUUCUUCGCCAUCGCACACCAGUUUGCUUUCUCCCAUACGGAUUUCAUCGAUCGGAACAAAUCCUUCAUUGCACGUAUGCGGUUCUAUCGUGCAUUCCGUGAUGCAUUCGGCAUGGUGGAUGUUUUGGAGGAUACCAAGUCGACUCUACGUGGUGAAGGUAUGAACUACAGGGAGUUUGAACCUUCGGAAGGCUACAUGCAUCAGGGGCUGGCUCGGGAACGGCGUAUCCGAGCUGGAUUGCGGUACACCAAAGGCGGGAGGAAAAAGUAUUGGCUGCCCACGCUCGGCGUGGCCCAACCUCCAGGGCAAUUCGAGCGUGGAGUAAAUCGUGCUAUCACGAAGGUAGCAGGCCAUGAUCAGGGCGAAGAGGUUCACGCUCCUCUCUUAGUGCACGAAGCCGAAGAUGUCGUACAUCUUGCGCCUGAUCUUCAAGACACAGACUCGGACGAGCUGGUUGAUUUAUGGGGUGCACAGAACGUUGAUGGGGGAUUCGAGUUGCCCUUUGGAGAUUUAAACGAGGCUGACGAACAACUAUACGAACAUUGCAAGAAAUACAUAUUUGGCGACUACAACUAUCCCGUCGUCGAUGUCAGCUCGGAGGAUGCAAGGCUAAUGAUGUGGCGAGAAGAAGAGAGGGUUCUGAGGGACGAGCAUGGAGCAUGGUUCUCGCCAUUAAGAGGUGCGAAGGGGCAAAUCGCUAUUCAGAACAGAACUCAGCCCGCGUGGUCAGGCUACGGGGCUGUUGGAACGUCGGCUCCUAGGAACCUCGAACAGAAACGCCGCUUUGACGAGAAUCAUCAAGGAGAGAGGUUAAUCGAUCACAAUGAGGAUCAAGCCGGCCCUUCCUCCUCCUCUUCCUCAAAGGGUGGAACAGAUGUUCGAUUGCGAUGGACGAAACACGAGAACAGCCAAAGUCGCAAAGACCAAACUCGCAGUCGACCUGGCUCCCAAUCGCAAUCCCCACAUGUUCGUUCUCCUUUGGUCUCUUCGCCUGCAGAAGAUGGCCGGAAGUCCCAAAUGCGGCACACUCCCCCUCCCUUGUCGCGAAAUGCUUCCUCUUCACAAUCAGCCAAUUCUUCACCACUCCCGCCUGACGCAGUAGAUCUGGUAGUCGAGGACGACGAUAACCAGCGAACACGAGGAUCCAAAACUCCUCUGAAGAAGGUCUACCGUCGUGGGUUUGUGGGCCCCGAAGGCGAGGAAGGAGAAGUCGAGGUAGCCGAGGACGAAGAAUCAUCCCCGGCAGACCGCGUCGAAACCGGGGAACGGAUUGCGAAAGAGGUGGAAUCGAAAGGCGUUGAAGAAGGUGUCGACGCCUCAGUUGACAAAGAAUUAGUCACUGGCGUUGAAGGAGGGGUGGUUGCGGCUCGGAGUUCGACGCCUCCCGUACAUGCACAAAUCCAUUUGGAUGAUAACGACAACCCUUGGGCAUAAGUACAUCCAAAGUUUUGCUCAUAUUUAUAAUUCACAUGUAAUUCGAUAUCAGCUUGUAUAAUGCAUCAGACACUUGCUGGA